AAUUGCAGCAUUCACACUUGCCUCCAACAAACAAGGGUUCUUUCUCCCACCCUGGACAUUCCACAGAUAGAUAAACCCCAAUUCUCACAAUCUCUGAGAAUGCCUGCCAUAGAUAUGGGCGAACUGUCAGGAGAGAAUGCUUCUGGAACAUGGCCAUACAGCCUGGAAAAAUUACAGUAAUCUAACUGGUUAUAACUCGAGGUUUGGGGAGGAUUCAGGUCCCAUCUUCACUGGCAUAUCAUGCAGUUCAACUGCAUUGGACUGGAUUAUCUCUACUCUUUCAUGUAAUGCAGUACAACUGUAUUCUGAAACUCCACUAUGGGCCCUUCCACACAACCAUAUAACUCAGAAUAUCAAGGCAGGAAAUCCCAUGAUAUCUGCCCUGAACUGGAAUAUAUGGCAGUGUGGACUCAAAUAACCCAGUUCAAAGCAGAUAUUGUGGGAUUUUUUGCCUUGAUUUUCUGUGUUAUAUGGUUGUGUGGAAGGGACCAUAGUGCAGUUUAGGUGGAGUCUUAGUUGAAUUAUUUAGGGGGUUGCGCCUGCAUUGACUUGUGAAGGCCAGUCGCAAGUAAAUGGGAAGGCCUUCGGUGAGGCUACUUCAGAGUCAGGAGACUGCUUGCUGCUUUAAUAGAAUUAGAACUCAGGGGCCCAAUCCUUUCUUCAUCGCUUUCGCUUGGCGUUACUCUUUGAGCCCAAAGGAGGGAUAGCUGCCUGCUCCCUUUCCCGUUAAUGUCUGUUUAUAUAGUCGCCUAUCAACUUAUGACGACUCGAUUAACUUCGUAGGGUUUGUCUUAGGCACGGAAUCCUCAGAGGUAGCUUGGCCAGUUCCUUCCUCUGAAGUAGGGAGCCUGGUGUUCAUUGGCAGGCUCCCAUUCUAGUCCUAACCAAGGCUGACCCUGUUGAGGGCCCUUCUACAGAGCCAUAUAAACCAGAAAAUCAAGGCAAAAAAAUCCACAGUAUCUGCUUUGAUCAGGAUUAUUUAAGUCUACACUGCCCUAUAUUCCACUUCAAAUCACAAAACGUGGAAGGGACCUCAGCUUCCUAAAACAGAUAACUUUAGGAAUGUAGGCCAUUUUCUUCUGUGGGUGUCUUGUAAUCGCCUGUCUACUUAAAGUUCGCAUAAUCAUGUUUGAACCCACGAAUUUCGCAAGCUUUCUUCAGGCAAAACAUACUCCCCUGGCGGGUUGUCCAUUGCCUCGGGGCCCUUCCACACAGCCCUAUAACCCAGAAUAUCAAGGCAGAAAAUCCCACAAUGACUGCUUUGAACUGGGCUAUCUGAGGCCCCUUCCACAUAGCUGAAAAAACUCCCACAAAGCAGAUAUGCUUUGAACUGGGAUAUAUGGCAGUGUGGAAACAGAUGUUCUAGUUCAAGGCAGAUAUUGUGGGGUUUUCUGCCUUGAUAUUCUGGGAUAUAAGGCUGUGUGGAAGAGUCCUCAGAGGUUGUUUUGCUAAUUCCUUCCCCUGAAACUGAGCCUGGUGUUUAUUGGCAGUCUCCCAUUCUAGUCCUAACCAGGGCUGACCCUAAUUCGCUUCCUAAAAGAGAUGGCCUUAGGAUUGUGGGCCAUUUUCUUGAGGCCCCUUCCACUUAGCUGUAUAAAAUCUCACAUUUUCUGCUUUGAACUGGAAUAUAUGGCAGUGUGGACUCAGAUAACCCAGUUCAAAACAGAUAUGGUGGGAUUUUCUGUCUUGAUAUUCUGGGUUAUAUGGCUGUGUGGAAAGGCUCUGGGUUAUCCGAGUUCACACUGCCAUAUAACCCAGUUCAAAGCGGAUAAUGUGGGAUUUUAGUCAGCUGUGUGGAAGGGGCCUCAGAAAGGCCGCUUAUAGAGCUCCUAGGCGCCCUUCUCUCUUAAAUAACCCCGGUUUGGAAGGGCUUGAUCCGCAUUAAAAGUCAACCCGACAUGCCAAGCCGUGUCCAGGCCCCAGAGUAGUCCUUCCGCAGGUGCCCGGGGCGCCUUUUGUUCGGUUCCCAGCCCGCCUCGAGAGCGCUUUUGUCCCUCGCACCCUUUAAACGCCCUGCCCUGCCUCCUUCCCAUUUGCGCGGGGGCUUUUAAUGGCUCCCAAUUAACCCCAGCUGCUGGGUUUCCCGCUCUCUCUCUCGCUCUCUUCAUGGGACGGGGCUCUCUUUUCUUGGUUGAGCUCCCGAGGUUCAUGGCUGAGGAGUGCGGGCGAGUGGCAGCAGCAGCCGCCGCGGGAAGGAGGCGGAAAAGCGCCGGAGAGGCCGGGAUGGGGAGCCCCGAGGCGGCAGGAGACGAGGACUCGUGCUCUUCGUCCGCCCCGCUUUCGCCCUCCUCUUCGCCCCGCUCGCUGGCCUCGGGCUCCGGCGGCUGUGCGCCCGGCAAGUGCGUCUGCAGCAGCUGCGGCCUCGAAAUCGUCGACAAAUACCUGCUCAAGGUAAAUGAUUUGUGCUGGCAUGUGCGCUGCCUCUCCUGCAGUGUAUGCAGGACCUCCUUAGGAAGACACACCAGCUGUUAUAUUAAAGACAAAGACAUUUUCUGCAAGCUUGACUAUUUCAGACGGUAUGGAACCCGUUGUUCCCGUUGUGGGAGGCACAUCCAUUCUACUGAUUGGGUCCGAAGAGCUAAGGGAAAUGUGUAUCACUUGGCAUGCUUUGCCUGCUUCUCCUGCAAAAGGCAGCUUUCCACAGGGGAGGAAUUUGCUUUGGUUGAAGAAAAGGUCCUCUGUAGGGUACAUUAUGACUGCAUGUUGGAUAAUCUGAAAAGAGAGGUGGAAAAUGGGAAUGGGAUUAGUGUAGAAGGUGCGUUAUUAACAGAACAAGAUGUUAAUCAUCCAAAACCAGCAAAAAGAGCUCGGACCAGUUUCACAGCAGAUCAGCUGCAGGUAAUGCAAGCACAGUUUGCUCAGGACAACAACCCAGAUGCACAAACACUUCAAAAACUGGCAGAAAGAACAGGCUUGAGCAGGCGUGUGAUACAGGUGUGGUUUCAGAACUGCAGAGCACGCCACAAGAAACACGUUAGCCCCAAUCAUUCAUCUACAACUCCUGUUACGACAGUCCAGCCUUCCAGGCUUUCUCCACCCAUGUUGGAAGAAAUGGCAUAUUCAGCGUAUGUACCCCAAGAUGGGACAAUGUUAACUGCUCUGCAUAGUUACAUGGAUGCUCAUUCACCUUCUGCUCUUGGACUCCAGCCUCUGUUACCCCAUUCAAUGACACAGCUGCCAAUAAGUCACAGCUAAUGCAUUUCUUUCAGGGACAUGAGACUAAGGAAGUACCUUGUGUCACCUAUUAUACUCUGUCAUUGAAAAUCAGUUUAAACUUAAAUAGCAUCCAAAGCAAUUGGAAGACCAUUUUGUUGCCCAGGUAUGUAAGUAUAGUUGGCCUGCAAGACACUUUUAUGGCUUUCUCCAUAAAUAUGUUUACAAGACUUAUUAAAAAGGAACACCUUUUUUGUAUUGUCUGGAAGUAGUCCAUUCUAGCUAUGUGUUUGUUAAUUUAUUUAUCAUCAAAAGAGCACUUUGCCUAAAAUACAAGAUUGACAAUUGUGCAAAAUGUUUACAAUUCUUUGUGAAAUUGUAGUUCAUCAUUAGUUUGUAUCUGUAAGUUAUUGUUAUUAAAGUAUUACUUGUAUUUGAGUUACAUGCAGCCUAUACUUUGAAGCUUAUGCCCAUGAAUUGGCAAAAGUUCAUUUGCCAGCAUUCUCCAGAUGACCUAAAUAAAACCUUCUGUUGUAGCAUGCCAAACAAAAACA